UGGGAGCAUCUGAUCUCAAUAUGGCUUCCAAAGCUGACAAUGUGCUAAACUUGCCAUUUCUCUGUCUCGUGUGCAGCCCCUUGGCGACCUCUUUCACGGGGAAAUACGGCAGCAUUCAGUACUUUGUGAACGUAACCCUGGAGAGCGCCAGCGGCCCCCGUCAGUCGGUGUCGAGGGAGUUUCAAGUGAUCAGCCACAUUGAUGUCAAUUCUCCGGUUCUCUUGAGUCCUGUAAGACAGACUCAAGAUAAAAUGAUUGGUUGCUGGUUCUUCACUUCGGGUCCGGUUUCUUUGAGUGCCAAAAUCGACAGGAAAGGGUUUUGCAAUGGUGAAGUUAUACCAAUUUAUGCAGAAAUUGAAAAUUGCUCCUCGCGGCUAAUUGUGCCCAAAGCUGCCAUUUUCCAAAUACAGACUUACGUAGUUCGAGGGAAAACAAAGACUUUUCGUCAAAUGGUUGCCAACGUGCGAGGAAACCAUAUCGCCUCAGGAAGCACAGAUACCUGGAAUGGCAAAACUCUGAAAAUCCCACCUGUCACCCCUUCUAUCCUUGACUGCUGCAUUAUCAGAGUGGAAUAUUCCUUGGCGGUAUAUGUUCAUAUUCCCGGUGCCAAAAAGCUGAUGGUUGAACUGCCUUUGGUCAUUGGCACAAUUCCAUGUACUGCUUUUUCCAGCAGGAACUCAGAUUUUGUCAACCAGCUGGCUAUGGAUAUGAGGUGGCUGGCUCAGGCACUGCCAGAUCAUCCAGAAGCACCACCCAAUUAUGCUGAUAUAGUAUCAGAGGAAGAAUACUCAAGGCAUGUUACUGUUUAUCCGACUUCAAUGGAUUGUGACGAGCAGCUGCGUUGUCCUAUGCUCGCCUACAUCCAAGAAUUCCGAUUUCAGCCGCCGCCUCUCUAUUCAGAGAUCGACCCCUAUCCUACUGAGGUAGAAGACAAUCGGCCGGUUUUACUCACGGAUUAAGGGUGAUUCCCGAAAACCUUGGUUUGUUUUUGUUUUUUUUUUGACUGCCUCUUCUUAAAGAAUUUUUUGUUGUUGUUCAAUAAAGCAAUUUAAAAUUGGAGCAGGCACCAGAAGAUCUAAGUCAAAACGAAUCUUGAACAAGAAAGGAAGCGUGGAAGAAUGUGUUAUUGCAGAAAUUGGCCCACGCAACAAAGCCUGGACGUUGCUUUGGUCAGAUACUUGUUAUUUAUUACAUUUUUAUCCCACCCCUCUCCACUAUAUGUUGACUCUGGGCCAUAUCUGGGAAGAAAAUAAGUUUAGGUUGUGAUUCCUCUUCUCAUAAUGUUCAGGAUAUUUCGGAGAGCAGUAAGACAACCAGCUACAGGAGGUCUGCCUUUGGGAAUACAAAUAUUUACAUCUGUAUCCAGAUACAAGGAUUUUUGCUUGGCACGAUCAACUCCUUACCAAGAUUAAGUGAGAUUUUGACUGCGCAGAUUAUUCUCUUUUCUUUUUUUCCUGUUAAACACACGGACAUAUCAUUCCUAAGUUUAAUAAUCACAGAGCAAUACUGCGACAUUUUUACCGUGAGUGAGUAACAUUAAAAAUACUCCGUGCAAUGUUGCGUAGGCAGAAGCUUGGUCUCAUUGCCAGCUUUGGAAAUUGCAAUUUUACAGCGGAGGCUGGUUUUCAAGAGUCGCUUUGCUCAGAUUGCUAGACUUUUGGGGUGGGCUGGGGGGCUGCUUCAGCAAUGUGGCCUGAUUUGGCGAGGGGCCAGGACAGCCCAAACUUUCAAUCAGGACUUUUUCAGCCAUUUGAGAUGCCAUGACUUUAAACCUCUUAAGUAAAAAAAACGAUCCUUGGCUCCGUUGUUUGGGAUAGGUAUAGUUUUAUUGCAAGCCAAGCGUAUUGCAGUCAAGCAGAGCCCAAAACGUAAGAGUUGUGCACCAAAAUCCCUAUAUGGAACUUUUCCUUCCCUUUACUGUCUCCCGUCGCCGACACCCCCAUCAGGUUCGGGCAAGACGUUUUCCGAACGGUUAGUUCAAGCAUAGGCGGCUUCUCCCAGCUGAGUGACCUUGAAGCAGCCUCUUGGGGGGGAU